ACGGCGCCGGCGGCGGCUGCUCUUGCUGCGCCCGCUCCCGCGCGCUGUGCUUCCGCCGCGGGAGGGCUCCGCAGCCCCCAGCCGCCCUAGGUCCCUGCCCGGAGGCGGCCCCCAGUCUCCAUCUCCUCUUGCCUGGGCGGCCUGGCGCUUGUGGUCCGGCCCACGGGCUCCCCUCUCCCACUCGCAGGUUCCCUGCGGAGCUGGCUCCAGCAUCCAACUUUGCCUCCUCGCCCGUCGCCGCCGCGGGGCGCGAACCUGCUCACCCCUCGUCCGGCUGUGCGCCCGGGAACCGUGCGCCUGGCUCUCGAGCCCGCGCCCCCAGCCUGGAGCGCAGCGAGUUGGGGGUGGCUCUGGGGGAGUGGCGGGAGGCGACGGCCGCUUUCUCGACUUCCUUUGCCCGGCGUUGAAGAAGACCCUCAGAGCUGCUUCGGGCCCUAGGCGCUGAAUGACUGGCACGAGGAGUGCGCCUCGCACCUGCGUUGGUGUGUGAGAGUUGGGCUGGCAUGCCCACACGGCUGUGAAUUCGCUGUGUGAUUCAUGAUCCAGGAAACACUCCACCCCUUUCCUCCUUGGCACUUUCCCCACAUGACGGGAAGACGAGCUUCUGGUUAAAGACAAGCACCCAGAGUCCAAGGCCCCCUGCCCACCAUGAAGGGACCCUGCAUCAUCGCAUGGCUGUUCUCCAGCCUGGGGUGGUGGAGACUUGCCCAGCCAGAGACAGACGCAUCCCAGUGCCAGAGAGCAGAGCAUCCGGUCAUCUCCUAUAAAGAAAUUGGCCCCUGGUUACGGGAGUUCAGAGCGAAGAAUGCUGUGGAUUUCUCGCAGUUAACAUUUGAUCCAGGACAGAAAGAACUGGUUGUAGGAGCAAGAAACUACCUCUUCAGGUUACAGCUUGAGGAUCUGUCUCUGAUCCAGGCUGUGGAGUGGGAGUGUGAUGAAGCCACCAAGAAGGCCUGUUACAGCAAAGGCAAGUCCAAGGAGGAAUGUCAGAACUACAUCCGGGUACUGCUGGUGGGUGGCGACCGGUUAUUCACCUGCGGCACCAACGCUUUCACGCCUGUCUGCACCAACCGCACGCUGAGUAACCUGACAGAGAUCCACGAUCAGAUCAGCGGCAUGGCCCGCUGUCCCUACAGCCCCCAGCACAAUUCCACGGCCCUCCUCACGGCCGGCGGGGAGCUCUAUGCUGCGACGGCCAUGGAUUUCCCGGGGCGCGAUCCCGCCAUUUACCGAAGUCUGGGCAUCUUACCUCCUCUGCGCACUGCCCAGUACAACUCCAAGUGGCUCAACGAACCCAACUUCGUGUCAUCCUACGACAUCGGGAACUUCACCUACUUCUUUUUCCGCGAAAAUGCCGUGGAGCAUGACUGUGGGAAGACGGUGUUCUCCCGAGCGGCCCGGGUGUGUAAGAACGACCUCGGGGGCCGGUUCCUGCUGGAGGACACGUGGACCACGUUCAUGAAGGCGCGCCUCAACUGCUCGCGCCCCGGCGAGGUCCCUUUCUACUACAACGAGCUGCAGGGCACUUUCUUCCUGCCGGAGCUGGACUUGAUCUAUGCCAUCUUUACCACCAAUGUGAAUAGCAUCGCUGCCUCGGCCGUGUGUGUCUUCAACCUGAGUGCCAUCUCGCAGGCCUUUAAUGGACCCUUCAAGUACCAGGAGAACUCCCGGUCCGCCUGGCUGCCGUAUCCCAACCCCAACCCCAACUUCCAGUGCGGCACCGUGGACCAGGGCCUGUACGUGAACCUGACGGAGAGGAACCUGCAGGAUGCGCAGAAGUUCAUUCUGAUGCAUGAGGUGGUGCAGCCGGUGACCGCCGUGCCCUCCUUCAUGGAGGACAACAGCCGCUUCUCCCACGUGGCCGUCGACGUGGUGCAGGGCCGGGACGCGCUCGUCCACAUCAUCUAUUUGGCCACAGAUUACGGCUCCAUCAAGAAGGUGCGGGCGCCCUUGACUCAGACCUCGGGCGGCUGUUUGCUGGAAGAGAUUGAGCUCUUCCCCGAGAGGCGGCCGGAGCCCAUCAGGAGCCUGCAGAUCCUCCACAGCCAGAGCGUCCUGUUCGUGGGUCUUCGGGAGCACGUGGCCAAGAUCCCGCUGAAGAGGUGCCAGUUCUACCGCACUCGCAGCACCUGCAUUGGGGCCCAGGACCCCUACUGUGGCUGGGAUGUGGUGAUGAAGAAAUGCACGAGCCUGGAGGAGAGCCUGAGCAUGACGCAGUGGGAGCAGAGCAUCGCCACCUGUCCUACGCGGAACCUCACCGUGGACGGGCGCUUCGGCGCGUGGUCUCCGUGGACACCCUGCUCGCACACGGACGGCAGCGCCGUGGGCUCCUGCCUCUGCCGCACCCGCUCCUGUGACAGCCCGGCCCCCCAGUGCGGCGGCUGGCCGUGCGAGGGCCCCCGCGUGGAGAUCGCCAACUGUUCCAGGAAUGGAGGCUGGACCCCCUGGACCUCGUGGUCUCCGUGCAGCACCACCUGCGGGAUCGGCUUCCAGGUGCGCCAGAGGUCCUGCAGCAACCCCACGCCCCGGCACGGGGGCCGGGUGUGUGUGGGACAGAACCGCGAGGAAAGGUACUGCAAUGAACAUCUGCUGUGCCCCCCCCACGUGUUCUGGACCGGCUGGGGUCCCUGGGAACGGUGCACCGCGCAGUGCGGGGGCGGCAUUCAAGCUCGCCGCAGAACCUGCGAGAACGGGCCUGACUGUGCGGGCUGCAAUGUGGAGUACCAGCCUUGCAACACCAACCCGUGCCCCGAGCUGAAGAAGACCACGCCCUGGACCCCAUGGACACCUGUCAACAUCUCUGACAACGGGGGCCACUAUGAGCAGCGCUUUCGGUACACAUGCAAGGCCCGGCUGCCUGAUCCAAAUUUGCUGGAAGUGGGGAGACAGAGGAUUGAGAUGCGGUACUGUUCUAGCGACGGCACCAGCGGGUGCUCCACUGACGGUCUUUCUGGAGACUUCCUGCGUGCUGGGCGAUACUCCGCCCACACGGUCAACGGGGCCUGGUCGGCCUGGACGUCAUGGUCACAGUGCAGCCGAGACUGCAGCCGAGGCAUUCGGAACCGGAAGCGCGUUUGCAACAACCCAGAGCCCAAGUACGGGGGCCUGCCCUGCCUGGGCCCGUCCCUGGAGUACCAGGAGUGCAACAUCCUGCCCUGCCCAGUGGAUGGCAUGUGGUCCUGCUGGUCGCCCUGGUCAAAGUGCUCGGCGACGUGUGGAGGUGGACACUACAUGAGGACACGCUCGUGCACAAACCCAGCCCCCGCCUACGGAGGGGACAUCUGCCUGGGGCUGCACACGGAAGAGGCACUCUGCAACACGCAGCCCUGCCCCGAGAGCUGGUCGGAGUGGUCAGACUGGUCCGAGUGUGAUGUGUCUGGAGUCCAGAUCCGCGUCCGCCAGUGCGUUCUUCUCUACCCCGUGGGCGGCCAGUGUUCCGGAAACACCACAGAGAGCCGGCCAUGUGUUUUUGAUUCCAAUUUCAUCCCAGAAGUAUCAGUGGCGAGAUCCAGCAGCAUAGAAGAGAAAAGGUGUGGCGAGUUCAGCGUGUUCCACAUGAUUGCCGUGGGGCUGAGCAGCUCCAUCCUGGGCUGCCUUCUUACGCUGCUCGUCUACACCUACUGCCAGCGGUACCAGCAGCAGUCCCAUGACGCCACCGUCAUCCACCCCGUUGCGCCCGCCCCUCUCAACACCAGCAUAACCAACCACAUCAACAAACUGGACAAGUAUGACUCAGUGGAGGCCAUCAAGGCAUUUAACAAAAACAACUUGAUCCUGGAGGAAAGAAACAAAUAUUUCAACCCACAUCUCACUGGGAAGACCUAUUCCAACGCCUACUUCACAGAUCUCAAUAACUAUGAUGAGUACUAAGAGCUCUUCUAUUUUUGGCUUCUUGUAAUUCCCCAGUUCCUCGAGGCCUGCUCUCCACGCCUGCCCAUGUCUCCAACACUUCAGAGAUGGAGUUUGGAAACAUUCCAAGUGCAUUUCAAGCCACACGUAUCCCAUCGCUGCCAAAAACGCUCGUCCUUAAAAGCAACAAAUCGUCUAAAUAUGGCAUCAUGAAAAUCUGUUCUACAAUUCUCCGUCAUUGUUUAAUGAGCCAUGGUGUGAAAUUUCUUAAUUGUGUUGAGUCCAUUUUUCUAACGAGUCAGUUGUUUUCUUGAGCUUUUUUGUAAAUGCACCACCCACAUUGGAAGGAGUCUUUAGAAAUAUGAACAUCCUCUUGCUCAUGAGUGCAAAUCUUCAUGAUGAUAUAAUUCAAGAAAAUCGGCACUUUAUGUGAGAGCCCACCCCCCAACCUCCACCUGGUUUAUAAUAUUGAUAAAAUGAAGAAUAUGAAUGUGGCCGUACAAAGACUCACCAUGGAGCUCCAUCUUCUCGGUCUGGAUUAUCCUGUGUGUGUUUGGACCUGGAAUGAUUUUUGCCUGAGGACACCGGAGAUUCAACUUGGCUUGCAGAGGUGAUGGUGUGGAGGGUGAGGUGCCCGCCCUUGGUCUUGACGCGGUCACUGUGUUUUCUCUGGGGGAGGGGAGUGUUAAGGGCAGAGGUACAGACUCCGUGAAGGGGGCACGUGGUCUACAGAUUCCUGUGAAGCCAGCCUUAUUCUGACGUAUGGAUGUCAUGACAUUUCAGGGAGCUCCUUGCCACGUGGUUGGUUUGGAAGCCCACCUCUCUGGUCCAGAGUAGCAUCCCCAAGAAACACUCCAUAAAAUAACCACUUGUUUAGCAUUUGGAUAAUAGACUCUACACCUGUCCUUUCUCUGCAAAGAAGAAUCUUGAACAUUCAUGAUGCCAAUGAAGAAAGUCUUGAAAGGACUGAAAUAGAAUUGAAAACAACUUUUUUUUUUUUUCCAUGUUAUGGAAAGUUUUGAAAGAACUGACGUUUAAUGAAAAGCAACUUUUUUUUUUUUAAUUUUACAUUGCCCUGAUAGAACUCCUGUAUGGCAGUCAGCCUCUAACAACAGCAUUGAUGAUGUGCAAAGUUGGCUUUCUGCAGCUCAUUGCUGUACCUAUUGAAAUGCUCCCCAUGGAGUUCCCCUCGUGGCCCAGUGGUUAACGAAUCCAACUAGGAACCAUGAGGUUGCGGGUUCGAUCCCUGCCUUUGCUCAGUGGGUUAAGGAUCCAGCGUUGCCGUGAUCUGUGGUGUAGGUUGCAGACGAGGCUCGGAUCCCGAGUGGCUGUGGCUCUGGCGUAGGCCGGCGGCUACAGCUCCGAUUAGGCCCCUAGCCUGGGAACCUCCAUAUGCUGCGGGAGUGGCCCAAGAAAUGGCAAAAAGACAAAAACAGGAAAAAAAAAUGAAAUGCUCCCCAUGUACCAAGCUGUCAUUUGCUGCCUCCAGGUCAGGUGAGGAGAUGUUUGGCUCUGGUGCCUUUUGUUUUUUUAUCUCAGUGCUGCCUUCCCAUCCACCCACUCCCCCUUCUCCCUGCAUGGGGGCAACAGCAUUUCCAGAAGUACCUUGAGAAAUCAGGGUGUCCGGUUUUUAAUGAUCCCUGUAGUUCUGAGCUUCAAUCAUUCAUCAGCAUUUCAGAGGUGUUAUGAUACUAUUUGGUGGUGUCCCCAGAAGAAGAAAAAAUAAAACAGGAUAGGGAGUUCCCAUCGUGGCUUAAUAGAAACGAAUCUAAGAUCCACAAGGAUCCCUGGCCUUGUUCAGUGGGUUAAGGAUCCAGCUUUGCCCUGAGCUUUGGUGUAGGUUGCAGACUCUUCUCGGGUCCUGCAAUGCUGUGGCUGUGGCAUAGGCCAGUGGCUACAGCUCCGAUUCAACCCCUAGCCUGGGAACUUCCCUAUACCAUGGAUGCAGCCCUAAAAAG